GUGACAAGACUGAGAGAGAAAAACAGAGAGACAGAGAAAGAGAGCAGACGGGUCCACUUUUAUUGCCUUCUUUAUGAUACAAAAUACGAGCAUCCAUGACACAGCGGGGGUAGAACAAUACUGUAGCCGAGAAGAAGAAGAAGAAUACCUGGUCUAGAGAGAGAGAGAGGUGAAAAGGGGAAGAUUAUGGAGGGGAAAUCUUGAAAUGGAGCUGAGAAGGACAAGAAAAGAAUGGUGGGAGAUAAGAGUAUUUUUGUUGGGCUAAUCGGUUUUCUGAAGAGAUUCAUUGCUUUGAUUUUUCAUUGAGAAAAUUGUUCAAAAAAUUUCUUGUCCUGGAAAAAAGUGAGGAGCAGAAAACCCUUUUUGAAGCAAGAGAUGAUUGGAAUGCAUUAUAACAAGAAUUUGCAAGGCAAAAGUGUCGUUGAAGUUGCCGGCGGUGGCUUUUCUUCACCUCCGGCGAAGUUCAAGAAAGAUGGAAGCUUUACAAACCAUGAACCCAUAUCUGUGUUGGAUACAAGAAGUCCAAGCCCCUCCACUUCUACAUCCACUUUUUCCUCUUUUAACACCACCACCCAACAAGGAGCUGCGGCACUAUCUGCCGCCACCACGGACGGUGGAGGGAAAGCUGACUUCGUGGCUGACCUGGACCAUGGUCAUAAUGCUUCUGCUUUGGAGUUGGCUAAUGGGGCUUCUGAAAAUUUCAAUCUUGGGAUUGAAGAUUGGGAGAACUUGUUGUCUGAAGCUGUAGUAGGCCAAGACCAGACUCUUCACCGGUGGAUUUCGACCGGCGAUGUCAACGAGUCUUCGUUGAGCUUGAAGCAGUUCUGGCAAGCAGGAAACUCGAAUGAGACCCAGGGAAAUGUGGGUUGUGGGUUUUCACCAGUUGAUUCAGCCAUUUCACCAGUUGGUAAUGUUUUUUCAAUCUUGAAUACUUCUGCUUUAGGCCUUCCAGGUUGUGGCUUUUCUUUGAAUGAUAACAAUGAUAAAAAUUUGUUAUCUUUGCCUAAUGGUAUGGGCUUUACGAAUCAACAAUAUGGAAGUUUAGAGCAGAAGGCUCAGAUUUUUAGCCCACGUGUUGGUUUACAACAACUUCAGAAUCCAAAUGUAUCAAAUCUGCAUCCUUUGAACUUGAAUGCUUCAUUGUGUGUCAGUGCACGAGAGAAGGAACAUCAAUUCCAGCCCCCACCAAAUUGUGAUAAACCCAGUUCUGUAGAUUUUGAUUUAGGCUUUCAGAAUCGGACCGUUCCAUUUCUUGAUCCGUGCAAUGAGUUGUUGCUGAUGAAACAACAGUCGUUCGAAAUGCAGCAGACUUCAAUGGAUUAUUGCCAACAGCCUAAGUUUGUUCCUCUGCAUCAGCUUCAGCAGAAAACAAUGUUGGUGCCGAAGCAGGAGGUAGCUAGCGACAGUGAGGAUCAAAUGGUGGCUCCCCACUGUCAGCAGCAGCACCAGCAUGUUAUAAAUGAUCAACUCUACAUGGUGGCUGAGUUGAUAGUGGCUGGAAAUUUCUCCAACGCGCAAGGGAUAUUGGCGCGGCUCAAUCAAGUUCUUUCUCUAGCUGGGAAGCCUUUUCAAAGGACUGCUUUUUAUUUGAAGGAGGCUUUGCACUUAGCCCUCUUAAUGCCCAACCUGGGUACCCCUCUACCGAGGAUUCCCACACCAUUUGAUGGUAUGUUCAAGAUGGGUGCUUAUAAGAUCUUCUCCGAAGUUUCACCCCUUGUCCAGUUCAUGAAUUUCACGACCAACCAGGUUAUUCUUGAAGCCCUUGAUAAUGCUGAAGAGAUUCAUAUUAUUGAUUUUAAUAUUGGUUUUGGUUUUGGUGCUCAAUGGUCUUCUUUUAUGCAAGAGAUUCCAAGGAGGAAUCAGGGGGUGCCUUCAUUGAAAAUUACUGCCUUUGCUUCUCCUUCGACCCAUCAUUCAGUUGAGCUUAGCCUCAUGCAUGAAAAUUUAACACAGUUUGCUAAUUAUCUUCAUGUUAAUUUUAAGCUGGAGGUAGUGAAUAUUGAUUCUUUCGAUCCAAAUUCUAAUUCGGUAUCCUCUUUCCGGUCAUCGAAUAGUGAGGCCAUUGUCGUGAAUUUCCCUAUCUGGUCCUUGGAAAGUCACCUGUCUGUUCUUCCAUCACAUCUUUCCUUCAUAAAGCAGCUUUCACCAAAAAUAUUGGUCACACUUGAUCGUGGAUGUGAUCGAACUGAUCUCCCAUUCUCGACUCACAUUCUUAACUCACUUCAGUAUUACGAGGUUCUACUGAACUCUAUCGAAGCUACAAAUAUUACUUCAGAUUCCAUUAACAAAAUCGAGAAGUUCCUAUUCCAGCCUAGGAUUGAAAGCACCGUUUUGGGGCACCUUCAUGCCCCUAACCUGAUGCCACCAUGGAAAAACCUUUUUGCUUCUGCUGGGUUCUUUCAUACAUCAAUCAGCAACUUUGCCGAAACACAAGCUGAAUGUGUAGUCAAGAGAAGCCAAGUUAAAGGAUUUCAUGUGGAGAAGCGGCAAGUAUCACUUGUGCUAUGCUGGCAGCAUCACGAGCUCAUGUCUGUGACAGCUUGGAGAUGCUGAAAACAGUGAGUUGAUCAAGUAAAAAGGUUGGAUAUUGUGCUAGUCGACCAUCAAGUUAAUAAAUUUUGAAAUUAAUCGUAUGACCUCGAUGUUAAGUUAGUUUCUGUAAAUUUUCUUGCUUGGACUUAUUUCUAUGCAGCCUAGACUUGUCAUGAACUUGUUUUCUGACAAAAUGGAGUCUUGCUUUCUAAGUGUAGUAGUUAUUUUAUUAUCGUGUUUCUUACUCUUGUGCCUUCUGAUUGUGUACUAGUAAGGAUUGGUUUUCCCAUGCUGUAAUGAUCUUCUUCAUUUAUGCUUAUUCAUUUGCAUGUAGUGUUAUAUAAAGCUA